GGUGCCAGUGCUGCCCGCACCCCCUGCCCCUCCCCACGCCUGCAGCACAAGCCUGGCUUUGUUCACGCUUGGCCCAGGCUCAGGAGGAGCGAUGUGGAGCAGGCACAUGAGAGGUGCCCUCCCCCAGCAGCCCAGAGCCCCCAGACCCUCCUGGGACCCUGCUGACCCCAUGGGCACUCCAAAGGUAUGGCCUGGGUAUGAGCCCCCUGCAUCCCUGAGCCGAGAUGAGACCCCUCCUCUCCCAAACCGUGGGGCCCCGCACGGGCUCGCAGCGAGGAGGAUGAAAGGAAAAACCCAGUUUUGUGCUCUCAAAAGAAAACUGGGCCUUUUGUUUCCCUGGAAACGGCUGUGCGAAAGCGGAGCGCGCGCGGGGCCGGUGGGUGUUGCGCACAAAGCCCGCACUGAGCCCCUGCCUUUCACUGCCCCUGGCAACCGGCUCCUUCUCGCUGGCACUCCGGGGCUGGGUGGCUGCCAGCCCCCGGGACAAGGAGCUCUAACAGCUCCGGUGCACGGGGCUGCGUGGCCAGGCUGCCCUCGGGCAGAUCCGUCCCGCCUGCUCCUGACCCCCCUGCUCCCUGACCCCCCGGCCCUGCUGGGAACAUGUGGGCUUGGAAACUGGUGCCCUGAAACCGCCCUCCUGGGACAGUUCUGUGCCUGCAAUGGGCACAGGAGGAGGGCCAGGAGCCCUGUGGGGCAGUUUGGGGGAGAUGCUUCACCCCAAGGGGUGUUGGGGGUGGUGGUCACACCUCAUCUUGCCCAGCAGCACUGCCCAGCAGCAGCACCUUGGUUGUGCAGAGUGCACAUGGGGAACCAGGCUGGGGGGUACCUCAGUCCUGUGCUGGGCUGGCUGGACUUUACUGAGACCAGUUCAGGACCAACCACCCCAAACCCAACACUUCAGAGGGCACCCUCUCACAGCAUCACCCCAGAGGGAGGCAGCAAAGGGGCUGGGGGCCUUUCCCCAUCUCCCCUGGCUGCUCCCUGCCCCCCAGCUGCCCAUGCCCACCCCAGAGCCCCCCAGUUUUAGGGAAGAACCAUUCCAGGGGCUCCCA